GCAAAAAGGUCCAGAUGAACCAUUCUACCUGGUUACAGUAACCUCCACAGCAGUAGGAGGCAGCACUGAGACACUGUGUGUCCUAAUUAAUCAUGGAACAAAUUCAACAAAGGAAGCAUGCAAUGUGGAGGUUACCUUGAAAAUGCCAGGUGGCAAAAGUACAACUAUAUUGGAGGCCAGAUCAAACUAUUACGGCUGUGCACAGUUCCAGGUUCCCAUUGUAGUCGUUGAUACUGUGGCAACCAUUUGCACCAUAGUGCUCGGGGCAAAAACAGCUCUGAGCAAGAAGACUGAAAUCCUGAUCAAACCAAGCUCCUUUCUUACCAUCAUACAGACAGACAAGCCCAUCUACAAACCAGGACAGACCAUCAAGUUUCAUAUUGUCUCCCUGGAUUCCAGCUUUUUGCCUCACAAUGAAGUGUACCGGACUGUGGCAUUAAUGGACCCUGAAUCUAAUCGUAUUGCCCAGUGGUUGAACCAGUCCACCAACAAUGAAAUUCUGGACCUGUCCUUCCCCACGACUCUUGAAGCGACACUGGGUGUAUAUAAGAUCACAACCUGGAAUCAAAGGAGCCAAGAAAGCUUCCAGACCUUCGAGAUCAGGGAAUAUGUGCUGCCAAAGUUUGAAGUUACAGUACAACUCCCUGAUGUUAUAUCCACUCUGGACAAUGAAGCAGAAGUAAAGAUUUGUGGGAAGUACACCUAUGGGAAACGUGUCCAGGGCUCAGUGAGCACGAAGGUGUGCGUUAAGCCUGAGAGCUACUUCAGGGAUCCACUUCCAAUUGCACAGGGUCCAAGUGUAUGCAUGAUGUACACAAUGAAGACUGACUUGUUUGGAUGUGCUGCAAAGAAUAUCGACAUGAGUACCUUUAAUCUGACUUUGCUUGAUCAUGGUGGCCACUUUAUUGUGGAGAGUGCCAUGGAGGAAGAUGGAACAGGUGUCAUUUCGAAGGGCAACGGGAGAAUGAAGUUCACCACAACCAUCAUUUCGAUUGAGUUUGAAGAUGUUUCAUCAACUUUCAAACAAAAAAUAGACUUCACAGGAAAGAUCAUCAUGAAAGCGGCAGACUCCUUCUUAGUGGCCAAUAAGUUUAUCUACCUCAACAUGCGAUAUGGAUCAACAACUAAAAAUUGGAUAUUGACUCUUGACAUUGAGGGUGUGGCCAACUUCUCGUUGGACACCAGUGAAGUGGACACAAAUUACAUCCUUCUUGAGGCACAUUGUUUUGAUGUGUGGGAUGAUGAGUAUGACCCACUCAGACCAGAUGACAGCAAACCCAAAUAUAUGACUGCUUUCCAUACAGCCUAUGCAUUCCACUCAAAAAGCAAGAGCUUCCUGCAGAUAAAACAGGACAAAGGACCAAUUCCCUGUGAUAAGGACAUCCAGGUCCAGGCAAAUUGCAUUAUCCAUGCAGAGGAGGCAGGGCUUUGUGAAAAGAAAUUUCUGGACUUUUUCUUCCUGGUGUCAUCCAAAGGGAGCAUUGUGCAGCAUGGGCAUUUGCCAGUGAGGCUGCAUGUGAAGAGAGGGGAGUUGUCUUUCUCCCUGCACCAGACUGAGGAUCUGGCCCCUUAUGCCCAGGUGGUGGUGUACACAGUGCUGCCUAAUGGAGAGGUUGUGGCUGACAGCUUCAACUUUCCCAUCCAGUUAUGCUUCAAGAACAAGGUGUCCCUCCAGUUCUCCUCCUCCCAGGAGCUCCCUGGGGAAAAGGCGUUCCUGCAGGUGCAGGCCAAGCCGGGGUCGCUUUGCUCCCUGAGGGCCAUCGACCAGAGCGUCCUCCUGAUGAGACCAGACAAGGAGCUGAAUGCACAGAAGGUCUACGAUGAACUACCCAUCUCAAGACUGACUGAAUAUCCAUAUGAGGUUAUGGAUCCAGAGCCUCCCUGCACUCUUACAAUGAUUCCACCAUCAACCAUACAACGAAGAAAACGAAGUAUUCCCCCAUAUUUCUAUAUUAAAACUGAUGCCAAAAGUAUGUUUCAGGCAGUUGGAAUUAAGCUUGUGACCAACUUAGACAUGCAAGAGCCUAGACCCUGCAGAGGCGAGCCAGUGCCUUCGUAUAUAUCACCACAUGAAGAAGACCAGCAGACACCCAAAGAAAUCAUUCGCACAUUCUUCCCUGAGACCUGGAUUUGGGACCUGGUAUCAAUAGGAGAUUCAGGCAGAGUAACAGUGGAGCAGACCGUCCCAGACACUAUUACCAAAUGGGCAGCAAGCGGGUUCUGCACCUCUCCAGCAGGAUUCGGCCUGGCCACCAGCACAAGCCUCACAGCCUUCCAGCCCUUCUUUGUGAGCCUGACACUACCGUACUCCGUCAUCCGUGAAGAGGUCUUCCCACUGAAGGCCACAGUCUUCAACUACCUCUCCAAGUGCAUCAUGGUGCAUGUCAGCCUGAGAGAGUCGGCACAGUUCACAGGCCAGCCGAGCGAUGGCUGCCAGUACAGGCGAUGUCUCUGUGGCGAGGAGAGUGAGACCUUCACCUGGGUCGUCACGGCAACCACUUUGGGUCGGGUGAACAUUACAGUGAGUGCAGAAGCCCUGAGCACUGAGGAGCUGUGUGGCAAUGAGGUGGUCACCGUGCCUGAGAGGGGACAAAUCGACACCGUUGUCCGUACACUGCUUGUGGAGCCUGAGGGAACAGAACAGACCAUCAGUCACAACGCACUGCUGUGUCCUCAAGGGGGAGCUGUGGAGGAGGACAUUGCUCUGGAGCUGCCAGAGGUUUUUGUGACCGGUUCUGCCAAGGCCUCAAUUUCAGUCCUGGGUGACUUGAUGGGGCGUGCCAUGAGGAAUCUUGACAGCCUGUUGGCUAUGCCAUUUGGCUGUGGAGAGCAGAACAUGCUGCGUUUUGCUCCCAACAUCUAUAUCCUCAGGUACCUGGAGACCACAGAGCAGCUGACACCAGAGAUCAAGAGCAAGGCCAUUACCUUCCUGGAGAGUGGAUAUCAGCGAGAGCUGAAGUACAAGCACAACGACGGCUCCUAUAGCGCCUUUGGACAGAGGGACUCUUCAGGGAACACCUGGCUCACUGCUUUUGUGAUGAAGUCUUUUGGAGGUGCAACGCGAUAUAUCUUUAUUGACCCGAAAUACAUCACCAGUGCCAAGGUAUGGCUCAGUGUUCAGCAACAAGAAGAUGGCUGCAUAAAGUCUGUGGGGAAACUCUUUAACAAUGGAAUGAAGGGUGGAGUCAGUGAUGAGGUGAUGUUGACAGCCUAUGUCACAGCUGCUCUCCUUGAGCUGGGCACUGAAAGCACUGAUCCCAUGGUGCACAGGAGUCUGGCAUGUCUGAGACAGGCCUCAGAUCAGAUCAACAGCACCUACGCCACUGCCCUGCUCUCCUACACCUUCACCCUGGCUGGAGACAGUGUUACGAGGGCUCAUCUCAUUGACCGUCUGGACAAAGUGGCCAUAAUCACAGGACAAGGCCGUCACUGGGAGAAUGCUGGGGCUUCUGGAGAAGGCUCUCUAGCAGUGGAGAUGACCUCCUACGUGCUCCUAGCCCUCCUCUCUGGGCCUCCCCUUUCUGACUUUGACUUGGGCUACGCCACCUCCAUUGUUCGCUGGCUGGCACACCAGCAGAACCCUUAUGGCGGGUUCUCCUCCACACAGGACACAGUGGUGGCUCUGCAGGCUCUGACGCUGUAUGCUGCUGCCACCUUCAGUAAGGGAGGUGCCAGCACAGUGACGGUGACCUCUCCUGGUGGAUAUAAAAGUCAGUUCCAUGUGGAUGAGCACAACAGACUGCUGUACCAGGAGGAGCAGCUGCAGGAGGUGCCUGGAGUCUACAACAUUAAGGCCAACGGCGAGGCUUGUGCAUUUGUGCAGAUCGCGCUACAGUUCAGCAUCCCACCUCCUCCAGACUUCUCCUCUUUCACCAUCAGUGCCAAUGCAACAGGGGUCUGCAACAGUGCAAACAAGACAUCGCUGACAGUUUUUGUGCAUGCCAGAUACGACGGUAUGUGGGAGAACAGCAACAUGGUGAUCAUCGACAUCCGCCUCCUGUCUGGGUUCAUUGUGGAUGAAAGAUCACUCAUGCAGCUAAAAAAUAAUCUCAAUGUGAGGCGUGUUGACCAGGACAGAGAUCAUGUGAUCAUCUAUCUGGAUGAGAUGGAGAAGAAGAAGCCCAUGCUGUUCUCUCUGAAAAUAAAUGAAGACAUACGAAUGCACAACUUGAUGCCUGCUGUGGUGAAAAUAUAUGACUACUACAACAAUCGUGACAAGGCGGUGACUACAUACACAUGCCCUUGUAUGAUGUGAUGAAUGACUCUGGCUGCGAAGUGGGACCCUAAACCAGCCACAUCACUCUGAUCAGUGGAGACAAUGAUCCAUGAGCCACGGACAUGAACUCUGUCGUUCUUAUUGAAUACUCUUCUCAUAGUUUAAAAUGUAUUGUGCUCAUUGUUUUUACAGUCUUGAACGUCUAAUCUGCUGUAGACCAUGUGACCUGUGAAGUGCUGGAAGUCAUGCAUGUGACACUUAAGACCCAAGAAGUGGGCGGGUUUAUUGGUCUGAACUGCACUGCUUUCACCAGGUU